AUGGAUCUUCCAGUUGUGGUUGAUUCGAACGACGAUGAAAUAGUCUCCCACGAACUAGAGCAAAUGAGGAGUAUAUUGGAAGAGGCGAUUUUGGAAACGCGCAGCACCCCUCUCGAAAAUCGACCGCGACUUCCCCGCAUACCCUUAAGCAAGCGAAAUCGGGCUGUCGUGAGGGCUCUUAACCCAAUGCUGGUGACCUAUUUGGAAGCCAGCCGGGACCUUUGCGAGACGGACUCGAUUCUCUUUGGCGCCGCAGUGGCAGUUUGCCGUAUUAUUGGCGCCAAACUUCCCAUGGCUGGACGCGCUACUACACAAAGUAACGCCAUCCCAGCCUGGAGGAAAAGAAUCGAGGACCGUAUCGCAAAGGCAAGGGCCCUUAUCGGCAGACUGACAAGCUUCAGGUCGGGUAAUAAUAGACCGAGGAUUAUGCGCACCGUUAGGAUGGCGUUUGCUGGGACAAAUAUCAGUUUGUCCCAGCCGGAUAUCACGCAGAAACUAACGGAGCGCAUAGACGACCUGAAGCAAAAGAUCGCUGCUUGGGGGAAGCGGAUUCGACGAUUUUCCGAGGGGUCAAGGCGGUUCAACCAGAAUCGUCUCUUCCAGAGUGAUCAGAAGAGGCUCUAUAAAUCAUUGGAGCGACCAAAGGUAUGUGUAGCGGGCCAAGGACCGGAUCAGGCUGACAUUAUCAUAUUCUGGCGUGGCCUGUGGUCAGAGCCCGUAAACCACAGCGAGGGCCCUUGGAUGGAAGUUGUGGCGAGCCAGGGUGCGAGUGUUACGCCUAUGGACCCCAUCACCAUAACGCCAGAAGACGUGGCUGAGGCGAGCAAAACCUGGCAGACCGAGUUCGGUAUAACUUGCGCUCAAAUAUAUUUGAUGUCGCCGAACUCGAACGGCUACGACGUGAGGCUGUUCCCUCGUCGGAAUGAGAAUGCUACGGCUGAGGAUGCGGCGCCACAAAUGAUAGAGCCACCCGCAAACGUGGAUGCCGCCGUGAAUACCCCAGUUGUGGUUGAUUCAAACGAUGAUGGAACAGUCGCCCAGGAACUGGAAUUAGAGCAUAUGAGGAGUACAUUGGAAGAGGAGAUUGUGGAAACGCGUAGUACGCCUCUCGAAAAUCGACCGCGACUUCCCCGCAUAGCCCUAAGCAAGCGGAAUCGGGCUGUCGUGAGGGCUCUGAACCCAAUGCUGGUGACCUAUUUGGAAGCCAGCCGGGACCUUUGCGAGACGGACUCAAUUCUUUUUGGCGCCGCGCUGGCAGUCUCCCGUAUCAUAGGCGCCAAGGUUUCCACGGCUGGACGCGCUACUGGCCAUAGUAGCGCUAUCCCAGCAUGGAGAAGAAGAAUUGAGGAACGUAUCGCAAAGGCUAGAGCUCUCAUUGGCAGACUGAUAUGCUUCAGAUCAGGCAACAACAGGCCAAGAAUUGUGCGCACCGUCAGGAUGGCGUUUGCUGGGACAAAUGUCAGUUUGUCCCAGCCGGAUAUAACGCAAAAACUGACGGAGCGCAUAGAUGAUCUGAAGCAGAGAAUCGCUGCUUGGGGAAAGCGGAUUCGGCGAUAUACCGAGAGGUCGACACGGUUCAACCAGAAUCGUCUCUUCCAGAGUGAUCAGAAGAGGCCCUAUGAAUCAUUGGAGCGACCAAUGGUAAGUGGAACGGGUCCAGCACCGAAUCAGGCCGACACUGUAGCAUUCUGGCGCGGCCUGUGGUCAGAGCCCGUAAACCACAGCGAGGGCCCUUGGACGGAAGUUGUGGCGAGUCAGUGUGCGGGUAUUACGCCCAUGGACCCCGUCAUCAUAACGCCGGAUGACGUAGCUGAGGCGGUCCGUAGGGCCCCGAACUGGAAAAGUCCGGGGCUUGACGGGCUGCAUCACUACUGGCUGAAGGGGUUCAUGAACCCAACCAGAUGA